GUAGUGGUUCAAAUUCCUCAGUUGGCUUCUUCUUUUCCAAUGAUGUCCUAACAAUAUUAAACCUCUGGGCCUGUUGGAUUUCCGGCCAAGUGGCAAUACCGUUAAAACUACAAUGGACUUAUGAAAAUCUGCAACAAAUACUAAUUGAAUCAAAAGUCCAAUUAUUGAUCACUCCAAAACAUACCAGGGAAUUGGCUCAGAACCUUGCUAGAUCCCAAGAAAUCGUAUUAAUUACAGUCGAUUAUGAUUUUGCCAAAAAUCAAAAUUAUUCCUUUAAUUUUAAUCGUGAAAUUUUUAUGGCCGAUAAGCAGGUAGUUUUUGAAGGUCUGCUACAAAAUAAUUUCUAUAACAAUGCUGAUGCAAUGAAAAUAUAUUGUAUGAAUGGGAAACGGGAUAAUAAUGAGUUACCGAGCUCCACCCUUACACAUAAUCAUAUAAAUUCGGAAAUGAAAGAUAUUGCAAAAGUGUGGAAUAUGUCCAGAUGCGAUCGGGUUUUGAAUAUUUUACCAUCAUUCAGUGGUAGUAGUCAUAUAAGUAAUAUUCUAUUUCCGCUAGUGACGGGAAGUACCUUACAAAUCCACCAUCCAUUUGAUCCCGUUAAGGCCUGGUCAAUAAUUUUGGGUAUUAAUGUAGCAGUAAAGGAACGUGUAAAUGUCUUGGUGGCAGAAUCCAUUAUUUUUGAAUAUCUUAUUAUGGAACAUGAAAAAAUAUUCUCCAAGGAUAAUCGUAUGGUGGAUUACAUUAAGGAUUAUUGUACCAAACACAUACGCUUAAUGAUAUCCUGUGGUGAUUCUUUGUCCACGGCAACUUUUUCCAAAUGGUUUGAAAUAACUGGUCAUUCGUUAUUUGAAAAUAAACAUAUUACAAAAUGCAAAAUGAAAUUAGAUAAAUUAGAGAACGUGAAUGAAAAGCAAAGCAAUAAAAGCAUAAUUACCCCGGGAUGUAAAUUUCGUAUUACGAAUUCUAAAAAUCAAGUCCUAAUGGAGUCCUGUGAUAACCCAAUGAAAUAUUUUCAACAAACAUCGGGUAUUAUUAUUGGUCAACUGUGGAUUUUAUCACCUGGUCAAAAUAAUUUUAUAAAUACUGGGAAGGUUGUCGCCUAUGAAAAUGGAACGGUGACUGUUUUGGGUCCGUCCAAGCAGAUUUAUCAGUAA